AUGGGUCAGAUCAUCCAUGCCCUUGCAAUCAAAUCUGGGGGUUUUUACCCAACAAUGUUGUUGUUGAAACGGGCUUUUUUGGAUAUGUACUCCAAAUGUUGGGUGAUUGGGUCUGCACGUAAGGUGUUUGAUGAAAUGCCGGAGAGAAAUUUGGUUACUUGGAAUGCAAUGAUUGUUGGGUAUGUUCGUAAUGGAAUGGAAAAUUAUGGGUUGGUUGAUUAUAUUGCUUCUGAGAAUAACAUUGCAGAAUUUUUUAAAGUGGAUAGCACUAUGUUUGUGCCUCUUUUGACUGUAUGCACAGAGCUCUUUUUGCUCAAAGUCGGAAGACAAGUCCAUGGCUUUCUUAUUGCUUUCUCUAGCUGUCAUUGUAAUAAUUAUUCAUUGGAUGAUGGCGAUGCAAUUAUUGGAAGCGCUUUGAUCAAUAUGUACAGCAAGUGCGGUAGCAUUGGUGAAGCUCGAAAAGUUUUUGAUGCUUGGCUGCCUGCCCAACUUGUGGCUCUUUGGAAUUCGAUGAUAUCAGGUUAUAUGUAUAAAUGGUUUAGUUGA